AUGUUGAGGAGCUUCACUGAAAAAAGCAAACAAUUGAAAGCAGAAAUGGCGAUGAGUAGAAGCAUUACGGGAACUCUUCCUGUGAUGCGCGACACUGAGAAUCGAACCUCUGACGACUCCGGGCUCACCAGUGACGACACCAGCGAGCGUCGCCAACUUGGUGACAGUGUCAUCGAGAUUGCUACGCCAAGGCAGCAGCGAAAACCAGGUCAAAAGACCUACCUCGACGUCUAUAUCCGGGGAGCCCGAAUACGAUCCCAUGUGCGUCUUCGGAAGGAAUCAAUCGAAAUGGAAAAGGGAUCGUCGACCAGUGACUCUUCUCCUUGGGAAGAGAAGGCAAAACCGAUCCCUGUCCCACGAAAGCUCACCGGGAAUAAUAAUUUUAUGGAACGAGAUAGCCUGAAUUCUUAUGCAGACGACUAUGAGUUUGACGUCGAUGAUGAGAUUUUUGACGAAAUCGCCUCUCCUGCUGAUAGGGACGGAAAUGUCAAAUACAAUGGAUAUGUGAACCUUUCCGAUUUCGUCGCCAUUCGUGACGAGGGGAACUCAUACACUGACAUCGUGAAAACUCCAGCCGAACGUCCACCUCUGCCGGAACAUAGGCCAAAGCCCUGGGAGUCGAGACUGCUUCACUUGGCGUCCGAGUGCUUGUCAGUGAGUGAUUGCGGUGACUGCGGCGACAUCCCAUGCACCAGCACCAAUUCGCCCAAUCACCGAAACUCCAACAACCCUACCGCGGUAAACUCUUUCAGAUAUAUCGAUUAUAUGUCUCCCUAA